AGCUGGAGCUGCAACAGGAAAGGAAUCGUGGGUCGUCGUCGUGGUCGUGGUGGAAUAGCACUAGCAGACCGCAUGAUCAAGAACUUUUUCAUCAUCCGGAGCAGAUGAAAGUGAGCUCUUCUUCUUCCUCCUCCGUUUUGUUAUCACAGAAGCGCGACAAGGCGAUAAGGCUGUUGAAGGUGUACGAAAGUAAGCGCAUGGGGAUCGUGUACCGGUUUCGAGAUGGUGUGAAGCGAAGGAAGGAUCUCUUACCCGAACAAGAAGGUAGAACAACAGCCUCCACGACUGCUUCGCUUGUUUCCCCCGACGAGAUAAAUGGUGCAGGAUGUAAUAGUUGUUCUCCUGCAACUACCUGGGCCUGGACCGCAGAGGCCCUGUUCCCGUUUCUGGCGGACUAUUUGGUUGGCCUGCACCCAGGGGAAAGUUUAAGUCCUUGCUACGGCGAAAACCUACAUUGUGGUCAGUAUAGUAAUCAACAGAAAGCUGCAGGUCAACAACAGAUACUCUCUCAAGUAUCUUCCUCAGAGCAUGUCGUGCGGGGUGGACGAGAGAAAUUCAGUCCUCAAGAAGGCCUCUCUGCUCCGUCUUCCGAACUGGUUGAAGCCAUGCUAGAGGCGGACUCGGAGGACGAAACUAUAGUGCCGGAAGAACCAAAGCAGAAGGGCAGCGCUUCUCUAGAAGAAGUGCCAAAAAGACCACGAGUUCUUGGUCCAUCACAACCGCCCGAAUGGGUGCGCGAAGUAGAUCUCGUUGACCGCGACGCUUUUGACAUCGUUGCCGAGUACCAGAAGGAGGUAGCCAA